AUGAAGGCUAUCUUCCUUUUCACCCCUGCUCUUCUCUCCUCCUCUGUCCUGGCUCAGUAUCCUGGAUCAACAUCUGUUGCACCUGUUGUUCCCGUCCCUCCUGUCGUCCCUACUGCCCCUCCGGUCGCCACUCCAACUGCACCCGUGACUAUUCCCACUACACCUGUUCCCACCCCACCUGUUCCCACUGCUGGUGCCAACUCACUCAACACCGGAAUCGCAUCUAUCGGACUGGCCUGGGCUUCCAUAAUGUUUUUGUUCGCUCUUAUAUCUUGGUCGGAUUUGAUCUCCAGUCGCCCGGAUGCACAAUGA